GCAAGGGGGAGUGUUGUGACUUUCCCAGUUGAACUGCAGCUGUUAAAUUGCUAGAUKGAAAUGGUCCUUUUGCUUUGGGUCCCACUGUUUUUGAGUAAAGRUAUGUACUGUAUCUCAUGAAACUCAGUUGCAUUAAAAUGCCAUCUUUKGACUGUGAUUGCAAGAGAGCACUUGCUGGUGCUUGAAGUGAUCCCACUGAAGUCACAGUGAUAGUCUUUCUAGAUUACAAGUAGCCAAAUACAAUCAGUUCUUUAGUUUGGUGGGAUUUCCACCCCCACGUGGUAUGGCAGCAUUUCCUUUACGUAUAUUAGCUGUAGCAAGCUUUUUGUGUUCAGUAUGAAUACAGACAUUUUUCUGAAGUAAUUCCCUGUUGCUCAGGGAGACUAAAUUCCUUCUUAAAGAAUAUUGCCCACUGUAACCUUCUAGCAUAGGUUAAUUUUUAGUAUUAUUGUUUUAUUGUUUUCUGAAAGUGAGUGAAUGCUUGAAAGUGGAGUUUGAAUGCUCCGGUCUCCUGCUGGAAAAAUACUCUCUUGGGAAGAUGAAAAGCUGUUAAUAAGGAAUGUGCUUAGUUUCUUUUCUCAGCUUUUGUUUCCUCAGCAGCAGUAGUGUGAAGACAUCACAUAUUUUUGAAGGAAACCUGUCAUGGGGAGGAGAAUGAGGGAAAGGAAAUGGACUCUAUAUAUCCUUAACACUGGGGAAGAUGAAAUAGAAUCCCUGCAAAAAGAAGUAGAAGAUCUGAGAGGUAAAAAUGGCAGUUUACAGAUACAGCUGAAAUCUCUUCUGGAUCCUGCGGCAUCAGCUUUGUCUUGCCAAAAUGRGGAAACCAGCCAAUCAGCAAAUGAAGCAAGUACCAGUGGCCCAAAAACCCCAGAGCAAUGGACCAAAACGCUGAAAACUGCCAAUGAUAUGUGCGAAAAACUGAUGGAUAAUGUGGAAAAGCUAAGUGAGGCAAAUAAGAAACUGAGCGUGGAAAACAAUAGCCUUUUAAGAGAGAAUUUGCGACUAAAAGCUGAAGUUGAUAGUAGAUCACCCCAAAAGUUUGGUAGGUUUACAGUAGCUGCUCUUCAAUCCAAAGUGGAACAAAGUGAACGUGAAAUGAACCGUCUGAAAAAGGCACUGGAAAGAAGUGAUAAAUACAUAGAAGAAAUGGAGUGUCAGAUUUUACAGCUGAAAAAUGCAGGCAAAGGAAGCCAGACAGUGAGUGCUGGUAGUGAGGGAGUGGUUUCCACAGAUGCUGAAGGAGGUGAGAGCAGUGAAGAUACAGCAUGUCUGAAAACCCAAGUUGAGGAGGAAAAGGCUUUGACUACCAAUCAAAGUCCUGACAGUCUUGAACAGUYGACAAGUGGUGGAACUUGUUUAAGCUCUUCUAGUCAAGAUGGCUUGAAUAGCUCUAAUACCCAGCAUGCCCCAAAGAAAGAACUGUUUCCAGGAUGCCACAGGSUUCUCCUGGAUGAAAAUAGUACAAAUAUGGAUGCCUGCAUAGAAGACCAGUGGAAUAAAAUUGAGGAAUGUACCCCAUAUAAGGAUGAAGAACYUUAUGAUCUUCCACCCCCAUGCACUCCUUUUCUGUCUCUCAGUCGCCUUCAAUUGAAUACUCCUGAUGGAAAAGAAAAUUCAAGAAAACCAUCAACAUUCCUGAGAAAACUUAAAUUUGAGGAGUUUCAUGACACUUCAGAUGAUGCCAGCAAAGAUUCUUCUGAGCACAUCACAUGCAGCAGUAGUAGCGAAAAGAAGCUAAGCUGUUUUACUACAGGAAAAUCAGGGGUUUGGGGCACCUGCUCAACAAAUUUUCAUGAGAACUUAGAUUUUGAUGCAUCAGAGCAAAAUUCAGUAGUUGGUGASUUGGAUGAGACAACAGCCAAGUCCAGUGAUAAAACAAGUUCUUGCUUACCUARGAGAUUACAUACUCUCUGCGCUUCYGAAAUGAAUCGCACAAGAACCUCCAGCGAGGCCUCCAUGGAUGCUGCCUACCUUGAUAAAAUUUCUGAGUUGGACUCAAUGAUGUCUGAGUCAGACAACAGCAAGAGUCCAUGCUAUAAUUUCAAGUCCUCUGAUCUUGACAGUUCUUCCAAGUCAACAGAGUGUGCUAAGCUUCUAAAUGGAGCCGAGAAGAAUCUGGAAGAGAUGAAUGAGGAGCAGUGUAUGAAGUGUCCAGAGACAAAUGAUCUGGCAGAUGACAGAACUGGCUGGAAACCUGCUAUGUUUUCCAACCGCUCCCCAUCUGAYGUGAUAGAUAUGAAUGACCACUUUCCACUGUUUACAGGCCAAAACAUAGUGGCUAAUGGUGCCAAACCUCCAAAUYCUUUAUUUCAGAGGGAUUUUUCCUCAAAUGUACUGUUCAGUAACUCACAAAGAUUUGAGGAACAGAAGUUUGGUUCCUGUUUUUUAAAGAUGUCAUCUGAUCUGCAAAGUCAGAUUAAUUCUCCUUGGGUGWCUUCCUUUACAUCUGAAAGGAAAAAUAAAAAUGUCAGCCAGUCAACCAAGAGGAAAAUUCAGAACAGUCUUUCCAGUGCUAGUCCAUCAAAAACCACCAAAAACUGAUYCUUCUUGGAAAUCAAACGUGACUCAAAGUUGUAAACCUGCAAAUGUUUAAUAUUUACAGGUGAACUUAAUUUUUAAUGACUUCCAUGCAAUCUGAUCUGUCRUUUUCGACUAUGUGAAAACUGAAUGUUCCCUUGACCAUUGCAAGCUGUUUUCUAAGGAAGAACCAUUCCUGAUUCUUUUCUUUGACUGAGCAUUUUAUUUACCUGGGGGCUUGGGAGUUUUGGAUGCUUUUUCAGUUUUCAGAUUACAUGCUCUUCCAAUUGUGAGCACAGCUAAUGGCUCCUUGAYAGUUCUAAGUGGUCUUGUCAAAUUAGUCAUUUAUGUAAGAAUUAGUUUUAAAGGUUACGUUUCCCAUUCCUAAAGAUUACAUUUUGUGCAUGUAAGGCAGCUACUGGCUGUAUAUCCUAUGGAUUCAUGAAAUUGCUAUAAAAUAAUGUCAGUUUUGCCAUAAAACUUUCCUCCCAGAGGAAAUGUUCCUGCUUGGGCUGUUUUAUAGAACUGUACUGUACUGAAACUCRUGUUUUAAGUGGAUGUAAGGUCUCUUUCUUUUCAGGGUCACAGCACUUCAGUUAGAAAACAUCACUGUUUUAACACUGCAAUUAUGGCUUUUUUUKAAGUUAAGCACAAUUUUUAAUUUAGUUCCCAAAAAGCAUUGUUAUUCUAAAUGUGUUUAGUAUGCCUGUAUAGAUGAKAAAAAUGGGUUUGUAUGCUAAUGAUUUGUUUACCUAAUGUGCACUGAACAUCUUACAUUAAUACUGUACCAUUUUACAUUAAUACUGCAUGCUUUUCUAUGUGAAUUGAAUAAAACAUGUUAUAAG